ACCAUUCAGUUGUUAUACUAGCAGCUAAGAGGCUACAAAACACAAAUAUCUUUCAGUAAAUAAAAAUCAAAAUGAAGUACUUCAUUAUUAUUGCUUUAAUCGCUUUCGCUUCAAUUGCUAAUGCUGAUAUUCCAAAAGAAUCUGACGAAAAAAUCAACGAAGCUAUUAAAGGAUGUUUGGUAGAACACAAAAUCAAAGAAGAGGACUACAUCAAAUUAAGAAACGGUGAAGUUGCUAAACCCGAUGAAAAUAUGCAAUGCAUGGUUAAUUGUGUUAUGGAAAAGUCUGGUGUCCUUGUAAAAGGAAAACUUCAAGAAGAAGUAGCUAUGAAGAUUAUUGAGAAGAAACUUGGUGCCGAAGUGGCAAAGGCUGUUGUUAACAAAUGUAAAAAUGAACCUGGAUCUGGUUGUGAAGUUGCCAUGAACAUGCAUUUGUGUUUCCUCAAAAAUAAAGCCUAUUAAAAUAAAAUGUUUUAUGUGAAAAUAAAGUGAAUGUUAAAAAAAGAACAAAAAA